AUGGAAUCUGCAUUUCGGGGAAUAUACACCAUCAUCAGCACCCCUGUCUUCAGGGCUGCUUUUCAAAUUCUCGCCAAUGCUAUACAAAUCCCUGUCACUGACCCGCUUCAGUUCAACCCUAAAUUCACUUCUGCUCCAACAAGUGAUUCCCACCGCCCAAAUGCUCAGACACAUCCCAAGGUCCGCUUCUGGAACAAAGUGGACUACCUCGACUGGUUGGAUUCUGUGGAGGCAACUUCAGGUGAUCGCGGAAAACUGCCAUUCCUGGAGGAUGAAAAUGGCAACUCAAUAUCAGAAGCCAUGGUUGAAGCUAUCCGCAAGUCACUAUGGGGGGCAUGGUCUGAGCUUGCCACCCGUAAUCUAGCGCCAUCCUCCUGGGGAAAACUCUCAGCAUCCGGAACUCAGUUGGUGAAUACUAUCAUGGACAAUGUGCAUCCUAUCUUUAAGUUGGCUCACAAUAACUGGAAACUUGACUUCCUUGCUACAUCAUCUUAUUCUUCAUGGCAACGAAACCAUCUGGACGACUUUGGCAACUACCGCAAAGCAAAGAAGAACGACAAUGACAAUGAUAUUGAUGCAACCAAUGUUAUUCCACCACUGACACCAGCAUCAUCAUCAACUUGCGAAGUCUUGUCUCCACCUAACGGCGUGUCCUCAUCCCCUCUUCUUCAAACCCUGUCCCUGGAAGGCCAAUCACUGCAAUGCAACCAGGAGCCACCACAACGCGACCAACAGCCACCACAACACAACCAACAGCCACCACCACACAAUCAUGAGCCACCACAACACAAUCACGAGCCACUACAACACGACCACAAGCCACCACAAUGCGACCACAAGCCACCACAGAACCUAGUUCAAGCUGUGGAGAAAGACCUGGAAGCCACUCCCGAGAUCGCUGCACCUCCAGUGCUUGUGCCCGAAGUUGUCCCAGUACUACAAUCUCCUUUCAAACAGCAAGUGCCAGCCCAUCGCUCUCCUACAAGAUCUCUCGAAGACAAGGAGAAUCCAUCAAAUAUUCCCGUGCCAAAGCCGAUCAAAGUCGUGAAUCCACUUACUGCACUCGCAACUGCUGCUGCGCAAAUCAGCUUCUCUCCACUUCCUCCCAUCUUGGAGUCUGCACCCACUAACACGUCAUCUGAUUCUGCGAAGGCCUCAACUAGUAAGGCUACAAAAACCGGAGGCAAAGCAAAGAUGCGCCCGAGUCCCACUAGAAACAGAUGCAACUUGUGUGCGCUGCGCUGGCUGAAGCAAUUGAAGACAAAUGGGACAAUGGAGGAGUUCUGCACAUACUACACAAAUUUGACGCCAGAGCAGCACAAGAAGUACAACGAUGAAGCAGCUAAAUUGGUUGCCGACAACACUUGGACCAAAGGUGUUUGUGAAGGCCUGGUAUACUAG